AUGGGUGCAGUACAGGAUUAUCCAGAUCAAACCUUAAGACACAGAAAAGGUGGAGAUGAAGAAGGCGAUCAAAGUAUAGUACGAGAAACCACUGAAAAUGAUAAAGAUUCAGUCACACAUGAAGUUAGUAUAGAUGUCAAUGAUAGUACUAGUACUGAUCUUCAAAAUGAAUCGAACAGCGGCAAUCAAGAAAAGAUUACUCCAUCAUUGUCAUCAAAAUCAGUACCAGAUUCAACUAAGAAAUCAAAACCAUAUGUCAAUAUCAAUAUAGCUCCAUUGAAUACACCACUUCGUCAACGAUUGGAAACUUUGGGUGUUAUAUGGCAUACCAUAUCUAUACCCUUUUUCAUUUGCUUAUUUCUUCUUUCUGUCUCACUAGGUUGGAUAGUAUGGUUGGCGAUUAUAUUACCUUAUUUUAUUUGGUGGUAUGGAUUCGAUUUACAUACUCCUUCGAAUGGGAAAGUGGUUUAUAGAGUUAGAAGUUGGAUGACAAAUAUGAUCCUUUGGGAAUGGUUUGUGGAUUAUUUCCCCAUUAGAGUUCAUAAAUCAGUUGAUUUUGAACCUACCUUUUCAGAAGUAUUGGUGGAAGAAGAUUUUGAAGGUUCAGAUGAUGAAGAAGAUUUAAUUUCUGAAGAUUCUCGUACUUUAAUAGAUGUGGUAUUUAAACGAUUAGGGUUAAGAAAAAGACUUAAUGAUUCAAGUUCAUCCACAAAUUCAAAUGCUGAAAGGAAACCUCCUUUAAGAUUCAAAAGAGUUUCUACCGGUCCACGUUAUAUCUUUGGUUAUCAUCCUCAUGGUGUCAUAUCAAUGGGUUGUAUGGGUUUAUUCGCUACCAAUGCCAUUAGAAAUGAACCAUUUCAACCUCCUUUAAAAUUUUUAAAACCCUUAUUUCAUGAUCCUACUAAAGGAGUAAGACAAUUUCCAGGUAUUGGUCAUGUCUUCCCAUUAACCUUAACUACUCAAUUCACAUUACCAUUCUAUAGAGAUUAUUUAUUAAGUUUGGGUUUAACCAGUGCUUCUGCUAAGAAUAUUAAAAGUUUAAUUAAUAAUGGUGAUAAUUCUGUUUGUAUUGUCGUUGGUGGAGCUCAAGAAUCAUUAUUAAAUAAUAUGGUUGGAUCCCAUAAUAAUGUUGGUAAAGGUUUCAAAGGUGGUAAAGAUCGAGAACCAACAAAGAAGAAGGAAAUUCAGUUGGUUUUACAUAAACGGAAAGGAUUUGUUAAGUUAGCCAUUGAAUUAGGUAAUAUAUCUCUUGUUCCUACAUUUGCAUUUGGUGAAGCUGAUCUUUAUAAAUUAACCAUUCCUCAACCGGGAUCUUGGGGUUAUGCAUUCCAACAGUGGAUGAAAACAAAUUUUCAAUUCACAGUACCGUUUUUUAGUGCUAGAGGAGUAUUCAUAUAUGAUUUUGGGUUCUUAUCCUAUAGAAAUCCUAUCAAUGUUUGCAUGGGUAAACCUAUCCAUAUUCCUAGUGGUACAUUGGAAAAAUAUAAAGCUGAACAUCCUGAUUUUGAAGAAAAGGCAACUCCAGUUCAUACAAUAUCAAGAAAGGAUUCAUUUUCAAAUUUGUUUAAGAUAGUUGAUGAUAAACCGAAAAGAUCAACCAUUAAGACUAAAAUCCCUCAAGAUUUAUUAGAUUAUUAUCAUAAGCUAUAUGUGGAAGAGUUGAAACGAGUAUAUGAGGAUAAUAAACAUAAAUACGGAUAUGGAGAUGUGGAAUUGAACAUUAUUGAAUAAAAGUACUACAUAACAAACAAUGAAAAAUAUCAAAAACGAUUUAAAAAAGAUAAUGAAGAAUUACGAACGAACAAAUAUAAACAAUCAAUCAAAAGCAAUAGUUAAAUGCCUACUGGCAUAGUCAUGAACCAUUUUUUGAGAUAUAUACGCAUCUACAAUUCAUUCUAAAC